AUGAAGGGCCACCCCGGCACCGGCAAGACGACGCUGGCCCGCUCCCUCGCCUCCGCCCUCAGAAUCCCACUCAUCGACAAGGACGACGUCCGCGACUCCGCCGUCCCCAACGACCUCUCAUACGACGUCGUUUGGCGAGUCGCGUCGACUCAGCUCCAGCUCGGGCUCAGCGUGGUCGUCGACUCGCCGCUCUCACGCAGGGCCCACCUCGACCGUUUGAUCCACGUGGCGGGAUCUGCUGCUGGCGGGGCCCGGCUGCUGAUCGUGGAGUGCAGGCCGUCGGAUGAAGCCCUGUGGAGAGAGCGGCUCGAGCAACGUGGCGGUGAGGAGGGCGCCAGCUCGCACAAGCCGUCCACGUGGCGAGAUCUCCGGAGGCUGAUCGAAGGGUACCGCGGGUGCCACGAGUACGACGCGGGCGGGGUGCCGAAGCUGGUGGUCGAUACGACGUCGUGUACGGUGGAGGAGCUCGUGGAGGAGGUGAUGGGCUUCAUUCAGCUUCAUGCUCCCGGAAUAGUAAAAAAAAAUAUAAGUAACCCGUAA